GCCGCCGCCACCACUUCAUCACCGCAUUCAUCGACCACUAAUACCGCCGCCGCCGCGACGGCACACAAAUUGCUCAACAAAAAGGGUGCCGACGGUCGACACAAAGCGGCCAAAGAACUCAAAAAACUCAAUAAACACGGCUCCUCGUCGUCGGCGUCGACGCUCACCACCACUACUACUGACCACCGCUCACGUCAUUCCGACCCACCGCUCAUCACUCUAUCGAACAAUACGUUGGCCGACAAAACACCGGAGCCCACGGCCAACGAUUCGCGCAAACGUUCAUCACUACCGCCGCCGCAGUCGAAGCGAAGAUCUCGGUCUACAAGCGGUAGCCGUCGCUCGUCAGUGAACUCUCGCCGCGACAGCGCCUCUGCCUCCGCAGCCAUCGUCGCGAUCACCGCUGAAGACAAGACAUCAGCCGAUCCUAUGAGAGGAGCGCCGGAUCCGACAGUCAGCCGACGA